AUGACACAUGUACAUAAAGCUGUUUUUAAUACAAAUGAUUUACAACCAAACAAAUUUAGAUUGGUUCUUGCAGUUGAAAAAGGAAGUUGGGCUAGAGCCUGUAGAGUUGUAGAUGUUAUGACCGGUAAAAACAAAGAGCUAAACACUGAUGGAAAUAACGAUCGUAUCUAUCCAACUUCAACACCAAGCUUCUAUUCAAACAAGUUUUGUUAUGACUCAGUUUGGAUCGAUCACACUCAGAUCAGUAACAUCAGAUUAGAGUUCUGGAAGUACAGUGGUACUUGGUCAUGGUAUCAAAACGAGACUAUUGACCUCGCAAACGACUGGAACUACUAUUCAAACAAAACCGUUGUAUUCAUCUGGAGAGACGAUAACAGUACAAUCACCAAUCUAGUUGGCCAAGAAUUACCAGCACCAACCGCCAACUUGCCAACCAGAGAUAUCCUCCCAUAUUGA